AUGAUGGUAAACGAGUGGCCCGCGAUUCUAGGUAGUGAUGGCGCUGGUGUUGUCAUCGAAGUUGGACCCGACGUUGCCAGGCUUAAGGUCGGUGACUACGUCUAUAGCUGUGCCCCAGUCGGCCAGAAUCGAUUCACGCCAUUUCAAGAUGCUUACUUGGCUCGGGAAGAUUUGCUGUUCAAACGGGGCAGCAGCAUCUCCCUUGAGGAUAGCUGCACCAUUGGAGCAUGUCUUCUGACUUCAAGCCUAUGUCUCCUUGGCGGAGCUGGGCUCGAGCUUCCCGAGGAUGGCAACAAAGCCCAGGAAAAAGAUGAAUGGAUCGUCGUCUUGGGUGGCAGUGGAAACGUUGGACAAUUUGCGAUACAGCUGGGCAAAGUCUGCGGAUACAAGGUUCUGGCAUCUUGCUCUCCGUCUAAACAAUCUAUUGCUAUCCAGAACGGGGCCUCAGCGACCUUUGACAGUCGCGAAAUGAUUGAUGCGCAAGUCACGGAAAUCAAGAAGAUGACCGACGGAAACUUUGGCAAAAUGAUGGACGCGAGCACUUACGGUUACGAAGUCAUGGUGAAAGCUCUCGAAAGCGCUUCCGAUGCGAAAGAGAAAUACCUUACGUCAGUUGACUCUUGGUCCCCAUUCUCAACACCAUCUCCUAUUAACGAGUACAGAGCAGAUCUUGGCCAUCUCUGCCGCCCUAACGAGCGAGAUGGGACCCGAAUAACUUCCGAUAUCGCCAACUGGAUUCCGUUGCUUGAGAAACAUAUUGCCGCUGGGACUCUAAAGCCGCUUGAGUAUUAUGUUGUUGACGGGGUCGGAUGGGGUAAAGUCAUUCAGGGCAUUCAAGACAUGGAAGGUGGAAAAAUUGGGAAGAAAAUUGUUGUUAGGACCCAGCAGGAAUGA